AUGGCUGUGAAUAUCCACUUCCACUGCAGCCAAAGCAGCCAGCCAGCGGUCACCGUGAAUAUCUUUCCUCCCAAUCAUGAAAACGAUCAACGAACGCCCACGCAGCUGCCCACACAGUUGAUUUUCGACAUGCAUCGUCCUGAUGACCCUCCCCAAAGACACGGCGUCAGAGAAAAUUCCCACCCUCCCUCGCUGCCACCACCAACCGAGAGUGACAUUAAUGCCACCACAAAAACUCCAGGGGGUGUUAGAGGUGUGUUGAAACGAGGUCUUACAUCUGCAAAAUGGAAGCAAUGGCAUAAAGGAGAUCCCCGUCUGAGCUUGAAAAGGCGUUUGAUGGGCGGAAUUUUCUACCAAUCACAAGUGAAAAGGACGGUCGAUAGACGUGGUGGUGGCUGCAGCAGGGAGAAUAGGUCCCACAAGGCUGCAGGGCAAAAUUUCAGAGGUAGUGGUCAGGUUUCUUCUGCCUGUCCUCCAAAAUCGAGCGACUGCUGCUUCCCUGCGUCGAAUCGUCAACAACCCACACCGGAGAGCGAUGGUGUGGAUGGUGCAGGUCCCAACUGUGUUGUUCCAGCCGUACUCCCUGUGCGAGAACCAUUGAUUGCGGGCAACAACCCCCGGGUGCGUGAGUACAGAAGCCUCGAGCUGAUUGUGCAGAUGCGCAAUGGCAAGGUAGAUUACUUCUUCGCGACCAUGGACACCGGCGCCGACCUCAACAUGAUGACUGCGACUGCGGCGGCUGAGCUGGGGUAUGAGCCCGGCGCGGAAAAGAGGGGCACGAUUGUAGGAGGCAUCGAAGAGCAUGUAGCUGUCUCGAUGGGGACGGUCCAGAUCCCGUUCUGGCUCCGGUGUGAUAGCAAUCAACGAUCGGCCGAGUUCCACAUUGUGCAUGACCUUGCUGGCCACCGAGCACUCCUGAGUGUGCAGCUGACCAUGAAGCUGGGUCAUCUUCCUCGACCUCAAUGUGAGGCAUGCGACAAUGCUGUGCUCGGCAGCGCCUCGUCCUGA